ACAUUGUGACGUAGUGAGGCUUGUCACUAGUCCUACAAAACUGUGCAGCAAAGAGCUUUUCGGAUUAAACGUUAAACAAUGUUUUACAAGUCCACAUGCAAUUUUCUGAGUCAUGUUAAAAGUGUUAAAUGUUGAUCAAAUGUAAAUAGUAUAUAAUAUAUAUGUAUGUAUAUUAUGUUUCUAUACUGAUGCAGGUUUGUUUGUAAUUAUAGUGUCAGAAAGUGACUUUGUUAAAACCAGUUAAUUUAUAAAAUGGCAACAAGUUCUCAGUCUUCAGUUGAGCUGGGUUCCCAUGAAGUGAAGGACUAUAUUUGUAAUGCCUGUGAAGACCAGAAAAAUGUUGAGACAAGUGCUGAUUUCUAUUGUAAACAGUGUGAACGGUUUUAUUGUGGAAACUGUAUUGAUCCACAUGGUAAAGUCUUUGCUAAACAUACUACAUUUGGAAGGGUCGAAAUAGAUAAUUGGCCAGUUUCAAAAAAGGUGGUGGAUUUUCUACAAACUUGUGAUGUUCAUAAGGACCAUAAAAUUGACCAAUUCUGCAACCUGCACAAACAGCUGUGCUGCCCACAGUGUGUAUCUGAUCAACACAGCCAGUGCAGUAAAGUGACCCAGAUUUCGGAGCUGACCAACUCGCAGCCCACUGGCCUGGAGGGGAUGUCAGUGGAGCUGGAAACUGUCCUGGGGGAAAUUAAAACCCUGCAGAUCAGUCAGAAGGCCAGCAUUCAGUCAUUGCAGAAAACAUACAAGGAACAUAGUGCAGUUAUGAUAGAGCAAAUGCGUGGCAAUUUAAAUACUUAUAUAGAUGAAUGUGAUAAUAGUUCUGUGGGUACAUCAGGUGAUAAUGAGCAAUAUUUAAAAGAAGAGAUGUGUAGGAGUGUUCUCUCUAUCGUGAAUGAAUUUGAUAAUAUUACUGCGAAGGAACUUAACGAGAUGAAAGAUGAAGUUAUAAGCGCAUUAAAGGGUCAGUUACAAGUUCUAUUCAUAAAUGCACCAGUGUUCACAAUGACUUGUCACAAUUCCAUGAAAUUGUUCAGAAAAUUGGAGAUCAUAAGCAGCUCUGCCUUAUAGCCAGCAUAAAAUGUAAGCAUAUAAUACAGCAGGCAUUGACUCUGCUGGGAAAGUCAGGCAAGGCGUUUAAUGUCCAGAGUAAUGCUAAGCACAAUGUGAGAAUACCAUAUUCAUAUGAAUGUCAUAUCACAGGCAUGUGUGCUGUCCCAGAUGGACAGGUCGUGGUUGCAGACAGGGAUAAUAAGAGAGUCAAGCUUCUGAGCCAGCAGUACAAGGUGGUGAGUCAUUGGGAUGUGAAUGCUGAGCCACAGGAUAUAUGUCAGAUCACACCUAGUGAGGUUGCAGUGACUGUGAAUACUAGAAACAUACAUGAGGUCCAGUUUAUUACUGUCAACCAGGGAAAGCUUGUUCCUGGCAGGAAGUUUCAGUUACAACAUGAAUGUAGAGGUAUUGCCCAUCAAAAUGGAGACCUUUUUGUCACCUCUGGUAAAGAACUGUACAAAUACACGCUGAAUGGCAAACUGAUCUGCAGACUCUAUGAAGCUUUGGGUUAUAAUACCGUAAGGAAGUGUGCUGUGAGUCCCACAGGAGACAGGCUGUACAUCAUCAGCUACUGGCAGAACAAGCUUCUCACCCUGGCCAGGGAUGGCACACUCCUGGCUACAUACUCAGACCCAGCAUUACGUGACCCACGUGGUCUACAUGUGACCCCUGCAGGCCAGGUGCUGGUCUGUGGAUGGCUGCCCUACACUGUACUACAGGUGGGCUGGGAGGGAGAGAGUAAGCUGGCUACACUGGCUACUCAGGAGAAUGGAGUGUGGUACCCACAGUCAGUCUGCUACAGCAGCACCACAUCAUCCAUCAUUGUGGGACAAUAUAAUGACAACAUCCUGGUGUUCAGAGUGGAAUAGUGUGUACAUUGGCUGCUGAGUCAGGACAACGAUGCUGAGGAUGUGGUGGACAAGAAUAAACUGAAUACUCAGAAGGAGAGCACCAGCAUUGGUAUCGAGUUGGCCCAGCAACAGUACCAGUCCAGCAUGCAGGAGAUCCAGUCAAGGACAACCCUUCCCCUCCCCUGACCCCUAACGUCCACUUUUGACCUGCAGCCUCAAAGGAUCAGCAUCGUUGAACACUUCUGUUCUGCAGGAAAUUCUCAGCAUGUCAAGUUUUCACGGGCUGUUCUCAACAACCGCAAUGUCCUGGUCGAGUUUUCCACACUCAGGCCUGAGUAGUUUUGUUAAAUAUAAGCAGUAGAAAUGGUAACACUAACAGCCAGUUUUCUUGCUGUUGGACAUCACAAAGAAUAUCACAGAAUACAAAGUUGAAUAACUUGUUCCAUUCAUUAUGGGACCAACAGAAAUUCAGCAAGAAACAGGGCAAAAAAUCAAGAAACAAUUG